AUGCCGCGUCAAAGAGUGAGACGUGCUCCUCUGGAAGAAGGUGACCACAAAAGACUCAAACUCGUCGACCCAGAUGCCAGGGUUCGGGCACCAACAUUCCACGAAUUCAAGGAUCACUCUGGACAAGACGCCGUCAGUAUCUGGCCUUUCGACCCUGAGCACGCGACACAGCACAAAGACGAAGAUAGCAGUGUAACCUUCAAAGGUCCUCAGGGCUUUUCGAAACCAUGGCCGAACUUUGCUAUUCAAGUCUACACUGUACAUCCUCUAAGCGACGACCUUUCCGAAUUUCUUUCGCCGAUUGUAAGACAUGGAAGGAGAUCUUUUAGGAGUGGAGAGUGGGAGCCUCGCGAUGCGGAGAUCUCGUGGCGCAUCGAUGUGUACAAACAACCUUUACAUGAUGUAUACGCUUGCAUCGCCCACCACAAGAGAGAGAUUGCCCAUCGAAGCAACGCAACUCCAUCUGUUCUCGGAGGCGGUCCGAUACAUCUCUAUGGCAAACAAGCCAAUAGAGCGAGAAUCAUCGUUCUAGAUCCACCUGAUUGGACCAAAUCUAUCGUUUUGGCGAGUUUUGCUGCCAGAGACAGAGUACCCGAACAAUAUCCUUACGAGCUUGACUUGGCGCUCUGCGCAGUGGACAACGUUGAUGGCGAUAACGCCAUGAAUCAAGCUAUUCAGGAAUGGGUAUCAGAUUCUCAGCGAGAACCUUGGAGAUUGGAAGCAAGCGAACAACAUUCAAAUCCAAAACCACCCGAAGAGCCAAGAAUCACGACUAUCCAAAGACUCGAACAGCAAAACAUCAAAGGCACUGUGGAAGGACAAGAUAACGGCAUUGUUUGCGUGAAGCUCAGGACACAUGAAGUAGCUUCAAAGGAGGCAAGAUCUGUAUACCCCGUCUUUCACCUUGAGUCCGCAGAGCUGGACAGCGGUGGACUGGGAAACUCGCUCCUGAAUUCCCUCACUCCUUACCUACCUCCCGACACGGCAUUCGAUCUUCUGAUUCACCCUCCUAAGCCACGCAUUGACGCAUGCCUCGAAGCAUUCCACGCACUCGAAGUCUCUGACGCACAAACAAGCCACGCUAGGGUCUUCGCUGUAAUCGACAGACAUGAGUUUGUGGAAGAAAGUGGCAUUCUGUUCGUGCGGCUUGCAUCACUCAGAUCUGCUCAUGGUCAUGUCGACUCGGAAGAUGGCAAGAUGGUAACGGAAUCAUUGCCUUUGAGCGAGAAGUGGAAUAACGAGCAUGCUAUGACGGGUUGGAGAGCAUAUGAUGUUAAGCGUGCUGCUUUGGAGUUUGCAGAUUCGGCGCUUGCCAGAGGUAUCUGA